GGUUGCUAGGCUCCAGCAGCCGGAAGUCCCGCCUGUCGUGUAGUCACCGCCGCCGCCGUCGCUGUCGUUGUUGUUUUGGUUGGUUCUCUGAGUUCCGCGGCUCCGAGGGCCGGCUGCGUCCUUUCCCUGCCGCCGCCAUGAAGUGGAUGUUUAAGGAGGACCACUCGCUGGAACACAGAUGCGUGGAAUCCGCGAAGAUCCGAGCGAAAUAUCCCGACCGGGUUCCGGUGAUUGUGGAAAAGGUCUCAGGCUCUCAGAUUGUUGAUAUUGACAAACGGAAGUAUCUCGUUCCAUCUGACAUCACUGUGGCUCAGUUCAUGUGGAUCAUCAGGAAAAGGAUCCAGCUUCCUUCUGAAAAAGCAAUCUUUCUGUUCGUGGAUAAGACAGUCCCACAGUCCAGCCUAACUAUGGGACAACUUUACGAUAAAGAAAAAGAUGAAGAUGGAUUCUUGUAUGUGGCCUACAGUGGAGAGAACACCUUCGGCUUCUGAGGGCCAGCGCUGGGCUAGCUGCACCGUUCCUGCUUGUGUAUCUUGUAAAUAGCCGGCUGUUUUCAGUUACUAUACCAGCACCUCUUCACAUAGACCUAUUAGUGCAUUUGUAACUGGAUUGAUUUCUUAAUAUAUUGGAAGGUUUUGUUUCCUUAGACUAGUAAAUUAUCAUACAGAGUUUUAUUUUGAGUUUUUCUUUUUGUGCACUGUCCUCAUGGCUAUACUCUCCAGAGAACUUUUCCUCUGGGAAUCCUAUUUAAUGAAGAUAUUUCCUUAUUGAAGUGAGGUAGGUGGGGUAUUAAAGUGAAAGGGAGGGAGAUGAUGCAUUUAUUCUGGAUUAUGUUUGAAGUGUUAGAUGGCUAAGUAUUAAAAGCAUCCAAAUUAAAUCCUUAGCAAUCAGAACACUUGCUUCACUAGAUUUUGCCAACUGCCAAUCAUGUUGGACUGAGCUAAUCUGUUCUUCUUUCUGAAACUAUUAAGGUAAAUAAUUAACAAUAAAACUUCCUCUUACAAAGGCA